UUCCAAUAACAAGAGAACAAAACAACAAAUGACUGAAGUCGACGUCGUCUUGCCGGAGGGCGUUGCCGAGCCCACAACAAAACUACUUGCCAAAACAACAACAACAGCAGCAGCAGCAGCGACGACGGCAACCAACGACGACGACAACAAGAGCGGAAGCGAAAGCGCCAGCGAGGAGAAACAGAAUGAACAGAAGAGUAAAUCCAACAAGGAACUGGAAAAGGAGCUUCCGGAGAAGACAAAGCUAGACAAGGAGCAAGAAACCGAAGAUGCAGUGAUAGCUGACAAAUUGCCGCUGGAUAGCAACAGUAACAGCAACAGCAAUGAUGAUUGCAAGGCUGAGGAUGUGGCAAAGCCAGUGGUAGAGUCCAUGGAUGUGGAUGACACCGAGGAGGGCGAUUCACAAAUCACUAGCUCUAGUUCCACAGAGAAUGGCAGUAGUAAAGAGCCCAAACUCGAUGGCGAAGGUGAAGGCGAUGAGGAGGAGGAGGAGGAAGAAGAAGAAGUAACCACCAAUGGUGAUCAUGAGGAUGCUGAAGAUGAUCAGGAAAAGAUUGGCAGCACAGCUGAAAACAGUUGCGAUGCUGAAGAUCCGCUUGGUGCAGCAACACAGCCCCCAGUGGAGCCACAUGAGGAAGAGGAGCUAUUAACGGAUGAAAAGAAAAGCAUUGAAGAUUUGGAUGAGGCAGAGGAAGCUAGCCAACAAAGUGGCACAGCCAAAACCGUAACCGACUCUGAACCAGAAGCCGAAGCAAUGCAAACAGAGGAGGAUGAGCCAAAAGAGAAGGAGAAGAAGAAGACUUCGGUAAAUGGAUUCGAUCAGAGUCCAAAGGCUGAAGCAUCUGCUGUUGCAGCUAAGGCAAAAGCCAAUGGACAGGCGAGCGUAGCUGAGGCCACGAGAAGCAACAACAACGAUGAUGCGGGAGCUGUUGUUAAUUUGGAUGAAGACAGCGACGAGGAGAUGCCUGAAAUGACUGAGAAGAAGGCAUCGCCAGCUGCAAAGUCUCAAGCAACUCCAAACAAAGUAAAUCCAAAGCCAGCAAUGUCUGCUUCAAGCGAGGCUGAAUCCUCGGAUGAUGCGGUGUUGAUUGCCUCCGAUUCAGAUUCGGAAUCUGGCCAAGUAGCAACUCCGCUCAGCAAAAAGCAACCUGCUGUGAAAGCAACGCCGCCACCACCACCACAAGAUGAUGAUGACGAUGAUGAUGAUUGUGUGGUCAUUGAGGAUGAUACGCCCCCAAGUAGUUCGCCGAGUGAUCACGCACUUCACAAGCGCAAAGGUGACAUGGAUGAUCUGCAGUCAAACAGCAAGAGACAACGCAGUUCCACGCCAUCCAGCUUGGGAAUGAGUGUACUAGGUGCGGGAUCUGGAGUUGGCAUUGGCUUGGGUCAGUUGACAAUCAAGGAUGCGCGCUCCCUGAUGCCACAUGAGUCGGGGUCAACAGGAGGAGGCGCCGUCUAUCCCGUGACCAUAACCAAUGCCGUCACCGGUGUGGCAACCAAUCUGGGCAGUGCACCGCCUAAGCUUGUACCCAUGUCGGGAAUGUCAGGGGCAACGGGGACCACAAUGCAGUUGAAUCCGCCAACGCUCUCCUUGACGGCAGCUGGACUUCCUAGCAUGACUAACAAUGCGAAUCUAUUGCCGGGUCUGACGGACGAUAUGUUCGUGCUGGAGGCGCCUUCGUUUAUUGUUCCCUACAUCUAUGAGAAGCCGCCCAAUGACAACAUCCGUGAGGUCAUCAAAUCCAUUGAGACAAAGUAUGCGCUCUCAGCGGAGGAUUUGGCGGUGGCGGAUAAAGUGGAUGAGUUUGACAUGAUGACCGAACAAAACAAAGAAGACAAAGCAAAUGAUGGUCAGGCAAACGAUCAGAGCAAGAAGAAGAAAAAACGUGGCGAUGACGAGUCCUGGUCCGAGCAAUCCGAUGAGGAUGAUGAUGAGGACGAUGAUGAUGAUUCCGAGUCGGGUGUGCGCACCAAGGUGUUAAUCAAAGAGGCCAACGAUGAUCUAACUGCCCUCAAGGGCGCCAUUAAGCCAGCUUCUGCAUUGGCCGCCUCGGGAGGUGUUCCUUCGACUGCCAACACGAAGCCUGGUCAGGAGAAUUACUUUGAGAGUCCAUUAGGCAAAUUCUUUAUGGACAUUGGCGUUGGCCUUGUCCAGGAGUACGUUCAAGCGGAUCUGUUGCGUUUGCAGAAGCGAAAGAUGCGUAAAUCUCUUUCCCGGGAUCCCAAGGACUUUGAGAUGGCCAUCAAUGCACUGAGUGGCAAUCUGCAGGCAUCAAAAACGAAAAACGCUCCCUUCAAAUUCACGAUGAAACGCUGCGAGUUCUGUAACUUCAAAUCGGAGUCGGCUCUGUCGAUGGCCAAUCAUUACGAGACACCGCACAUGAAUGGAGUCCUCUACAAGUGCAACUUUUGCACCUUUGAGAUACGCAACGCCACCGAAAUUGUCUACCACAUGGAGGCGGUGCACAACAUCAAGGCGCGCCUGAUCAAACCGCUGCCCUAUCAUCAAUGCCCCAACUGCGGAUUCGAGGACAAUGGCAAGGCGAAAUUGGCGCGUCAUCAGCCUGUCUGCGCCAAGAAAUUCCGGCCGGAAUUGAAUCUGGCGCCGCCCAACGAUUGGGAAGCGCCUGCCAAGAUACCGCGCAUCAAGCCACGACAUGGACUUGUCGGCACAGCCACCGCCUAUCAGGCAAUGGCAGCACAGGCGGCGGCUCAAAAGGCAGCGCUGGCGACCAUCCAACAACAACAGGCUGCCGCUCAGGCACGCAACAUGCAGGCAGCAGCAUUGGCAGCACAGAAUGCGGCCAAGAUGCGGCAGAGGGCGCCACAGCUGCCAAAGACAAUGCCCAAUGCAAACAGUCUGGUAAGAAGUCCUGCACCCGUGCGUGGAGCCAUCGGAGGCAAUGCGGCUUUGUCGCUGCCCAACAGCUAUCAACUGGCAGCCGGACAGCUUGUACAGCAAGCGUCUAAGAAGCCCAUCGCUGGUCAGCCAAGCAUCUCAAUAACGCCACUACCUCGUCAAAGUGCGACCGGCAGCGGUGCGUCCGCCGCCUCGUCCAGCAAAGUGCCAACAGCGGCAGCAGCAGGCAUGAAGCCCGGCCAGAGUCCCACCGCUGGGAACAACAAGGCGCAGUUUGUCAUCUGCGAGAUUUGCGAUGGCUACAUCAAGGAUCUGGAGCAGCUGCGCAAUCACAUGCAAUGGAUGCAUAAAGUGAAGAUACAUCCCAAGAUGAUCUACAAUCGUCCACCUCUGAAUUGCCAGAAGUGUCAGUUCCGAUUCUUUACGGAUCAGGGCCUAGAGAGGCACUUGCUGGGCUCACAUGGCUUGGUCACAAGCUCCAUGCAGGAGGCUGCCAACAAAGGCAAAGAUGCCGGUCGCUGUCCUGUCUGUGGCAGAAUGUACCAAUGGAAGCUACUGAAUCACGUAUCGCGCGAUCAUCACAUGACCCUGAAGCCCGCACAUUUAUCCUACAAGUGCACCGUGUGCACGGCCACCUUUGGCAUGUACAAACAAUUUGAGACGCAUGUGUAUACUGCACACAGCACUGUGGCCCGAAAGGCAAUGGACAGCAAGAAGAACAGCGCACAGUCCAGCAGCAGUAGCAGCUCCGGCAUGAACAGAAAUUCGUUGGGUGCAGCCAAUGAUUCACUGCUGAAACCGUUGAAGAUCAACGAUGAGAUCACAAUUAUACCACAGCCCGCAUCGAAGCCACGCAUCACAAAUAUGGAGAGUCAUGUUAUAGAUUAAAUGGCGCGUUGGAAGAACCAAAAAACCUAAUCUCGCAUAGUUUUGUCGCUGCAUUUUUGGCCGCGCGUUAAGAUUAGUCUUUAUGAUUUGUAGGCUGCGCCGACUCAUGCGUACUAUAUGAAUUUUGUUAGUAAGCCAGAAUUGUAUAAAGCGAGCGGAUGUUUAGUGAAAAAAAACCACACACACACACACAAGCAAACAAAAAGCAACCUAAAUUAAAUAAUAAUAUAAACAUCGAUCAUUAAGAUAAAAGUUACCGAUUAACACAGAUACAAAUACAGAUUGCAGUUGGAGAUAUACAGAUGAUUACAAAUUUAUAUACAGAUGCAGAUACGGAUUCAGAUUCUAGUUACGGUUUAGUUCUAUCUACGUUAUAGUGUGCACAUAAGUUGAAAUUGUAGCUACUACUAAUAAAUAAUUACAAUACCAUGCAUAAUUUACAUACACACACACAUACACAUUAAGUACACACCACAAACACACACAAUUAUUAAAUAUAAAUAUAUUGUAAAAGCAAAGCCGCUAGAGCGCAUCGUCUACAUGACUAUGUAAAUUAGUUAAAAACUAAAUAUUAUUUAUACUAUAUACGAAUAACAGUACGAGUAUCUAAAUGUGCGUUGCAGUAUGUACAUAUUACACACACACAAACACUUUGACACACACCUUGAAUAGUUUAUUAGCUCGUCCUGGCAUUGAUAUCGCAGAUGGAACCAGAGAGAGAGAGAGUGGAAGAGAGAUACAGAGAAAAAGAGGAGUGUGCGCUGAAUUUACGUAAGGAUUGGGGGAAAAAUGGAUUAAUUUUCUGGGCGUGCAGAGGGGUGCAUGAUAUAGUUGGGUCAGGGAGGGAGCCUGGGGAUGGGAAAUGUAUUUGUGGUAAUUUUAUCUGAUCUGAGACGUUCAACAAUUUUAAUUUUCGUGUACAAGUUUAAACUUAUAUUUAUAUAAAUAUAUAUAUAUAUAUAUAUAUAUUACAUAUAUCUAUUAAUAUAAAAUAUAUCAUCUACUAGCCUGUAAGACCCCAUGUACUACAGUUAAAAAGCUAAAACAACACAACAAACAAACAAAU